ACUUGGAUAAUCCCACCCCAACCACCAACUGAAGAUGCGAAAAAGACUGAUGUUGAUGACAAACGUGCAAACAUCGCAACGAUGAGCUACGAGGAAUUACAAGCCCAGUUGUUCGCCGACAUGGAACUACCACCUGAGAAGAAGAAAAAGUGGCAUGAAGAGGAACAAUGA